AUGGCCACUCUCCCGACAGCGGUGCGACCACUGGGCACAUUUCUAGGCCUGCACAAGGGUGUCAUCACGGUGUGUCGGUAUGCGGUGCCGACGAGUGUCGACGGCCAGCCACGGACGAAGGAGCAGGUGCGGGCGCGCGUGGAGGCGGCCGUGGCGGUCGUGAUUGGUCAGCUGGGAGCGCUGCGGACGGGGAUCGCGGGCGAGGAGACACGGCAGCCGCAGUUUGUAGCGGUGGCCUCGGUGGACGUGCGAGAGCAUGUGGAGUGGCGAGGGGGAGGAGAAGCCGAGGAGAAAGAGCUCGAACGCCAGCUAGAGGACGAGUGUGGACGGUCGUGGCCCGACUUGGAAACACAUCCGCCAUGGCGGCUGCUGGGCUUCAACCGUGAUCCUGACGACCGGCCGCAACACAUCGACCUCGCCUUUGCCGCACAUCAUGCCUUGGCCGACGGAAAGAGCGGCCAGGUGUUUCACCGGUUUCUGGUGGAAGCGCUGAACGAGGGCGAGACGAUGGGCGAGAUCGACAGCGAAACGAAUACACCAACCAAAACCGACAGCACGGCCGUCCUCCGAUUCGACAACGUUCCCUUGCUGGCGCCACCACAGGAGCAGCUCGUCCGCUUUACCGUCUCGUGGGGCUUCUUUGCGCGCACGCUGUGGAACGAGCUGGGACUGGCCUGGUUGAAGCGGGCGGUGGCAGCAGUCCUAGGAAGAGGAGAGACGUCGUCUGCGCCUGUUCUCUACACGGGCGACCAGCCGAUCCGUCUGGUGCUGGGCCGCACGCGCGUGUGCCUCCUCUCGGUGGCGCCGCCUGACCUGGCCGCCCUUCUGGCCGCCUGCCGCGUGCACGGCACCACGCUGACGCCACUGUUGCACGGGCUGCUGCUGGUGGCGGCAACAGCGGCUCGCCGGAAGAUGCCCUUGGCUGGCGCGACAACGACCUUUUCGGGCACGACGCCUAUUAGCUUGCGGGGUCACGUGACCCAACCCAAGCCGCAGCUAGACAUGAAGCGGACCAUGGGCAACUAUGUGUCAGCGUACCGACACGUGUUCAGUCGAGGGGCAGUGCAGGUUCUGGAAGACGCUCCGGUCGUCGGAAGCCACCCCGACGCGGCCCUCUGGGAGGCCGUGGCCGAAGUGGACGUCGGACUGCGGGCCUGCACGGCCGACGUGACGCGCGACAGCGUGCUCGGGCUGUUGGCGUGGGUGCGUGACUGGCACGGCUGGUUCCGUGGAAAGGCCGGACAGCUGCGCGACGACACGUGGGAGGUGUCCAACGUGGGGACGAUGGACAACAACAACGACAACAACAGCGGCGGCUGGCACCUCACGCGAUCCCUCUUCGUCUUCACGGCUCCGGCGACGGGCCCGCUGCUGGAGCUCACGGCGGCCAGCGUGCAUGGCGGACCGCUGACGCUGGCGUUGGUGCGACAGCAGGGCAGCCCGGCAGAGGAGCAGUUCUGCGAGGAGGUCUGGGCCGACGUGAAGACGAGCCUGUGGCGGUUUCGCCACAGCGGACGCUUUAUGGGGGAGUAG